AUGGCUAGCUCAACGAACCUCAAGCCCAACGGGCCCGUUCCCAAUGGCCGCCAGCCUACCGAUGCUCCUACGGAACUUCCCCGACCUUACAAGUGCACCAUGUGCGACAAGGCGUUCCACCGUCUGGAGCAUCAGACCAGACAUAUCCGAACCCACACUGGCGAGAAACCCCAUGCCUGCCAGUUUCCUGGAUGCAGCAAGAAGUUCUCCCGCUCGGAUGAGUUGACUCGCCACUCGAGGAUACAUAACAACGCCAACUCGAAGCGAGGAAACAGGGCCCAUCAGCAACUCCAGGCCGACAGCAUGCUGCCUCCUCCUCCGGCCCCUCGGGCAAUCCGCUCCGCGCCUACUUCGACGUUGGCUUCACCCAACGUGUCUCCUCCUCAGUCAUACUCGUCAUAUGCUGUCCCUACCUCACACGCAUUUCCCGGAGACGUCGCCUUGUUUGCCAGGGAUAGCCUCGCGCCCCAUAUGUACAGACCCCAGCAUUAUCCUCCCAGCCGUGGCCUUCCUACGUACCCCAGCAGCCACUCGAGGACCUUCGGAGACUACGACCCAUUUGAUAGCCAUUACAGGAACUCUCGUCAGCCCAAGAGGUCGAGGCCCAACUCUCCCAUGUCCACCGCCCCCUCUUCGCCAACAUUCUCACACGACUCGCUCUCGCCUACUCCGGACCAUACGCCCAUCGCUACUCCUGCCCACUCUCCUAGACUUCGGCCCUACGUCAACCCUGCCCUGGAUCUACCUCCUAUCACUACGUUGAGGAACUUGUCUCUUCAACCGCAAAAGGGCCCUGUCCUGGCUCCGAUGGAACCCCAGGUUGAUGCCCCGGCCCAAUCCCACCUCCCGGCGGUGAAGAGCGCGAGGAGUACUGGCAUAUCUCUUGCCGAUAUCAUCAACAGACCUGAUCUUCCCAGACAGCUGCCAAUGCCCUAA